GGAUAAAAUUGAGUAGUACCAAGUUCGUCAUCGUCAACCGAAGUAAAAAAAUAUACGAAAAAAGAUUUUUCGAGAAUUGAAGAAAAUUUCGUCAUCAUCAACACACCACAAUGAGCUUAAUUUGGGGAAUUAUCGCCGGUUUCUUGUACUUUGAAAUCGUCAUCGUACUUUUGCUCACACUCCCGUUGGCCAGUCCCACAAAAUGGGCUCGUCUCUUCCGUUCCCGCUUCUUCGGCAUGCUCCGGAAUCAAGCGCAAAUCUACUUUUAUUUGCUGCUCGCGAUUCUGGUAAUCUUCUUGCUCGAAGCCAUUCGUGAGAUGCGCAAAUACAGUCACACAGAUCCCGCAGCUGAGGCACAUUUGAACGUCGGCAUGCAACACUCGAUGCGUCUUUUCCGCGCACAACGCAACUUUUACAUCUCCGGCUUUGCGAUUUUCCUCGUUUUGGUCAUUCGUCGGCUGGUAGUCUUGAUUCUCGAUCAAGCCUCGUUGACGGCACAAGCGGAGGCAAGUAUGCGUCAAGCACAAAGCGCCUCGUCUGCAGCUCGUACCUUGAUGAGCCAAAAGGGCGACGGAAAAGACGACAAGAAGGAUGGCGGCAGCGAAGUUGCUGACUUGAAGAAGAAAAUCGCCGAACUCGAACAAACACUGAGCAAGGAACGCAAAGACAAGGAAGCAAUGAAAUCCCAAUCGGAGUCACUUAACAAGGAAUACGACCGAUUGACGGAGGAAUUCAGCAAGUUACAACGCAAACUCACAAUUUCCGGGGGAAAAGACGACUAAGAACACCACGUCAGCUGUUACUUGUUAUUUUAUUAAUAACUUGCGAAAUUGUGUUGAAAUUAUUUUGGGAAUGUGCAUUUUCUGUGCCCCGUUUUCUACUGCUAGCCAACUUUGUAUUUAUUCACUAUUAACUUUUUUUUUCUGUCAAGAACUUGGGACUGUUGAGGCUGUUGUUAUUUAUUGAAAAAAAAAGGUUCUUCAUCACAAAUAAAAAAAAAAUUGAAAAUUUUGGGAAAUCUAUUGCUUGACGAUUUGUCAUUAAACAUCAAAAAAUAAUUAACAAAUAAUAAAACUU